AUGUGUUGUGAUUCGCACACGAGAGGGAAGCACUACAAUGACCUCGCUGCCCUGACCCUUGCAGCACCUGUGUCAUUUCUCAUUCACUACCUCACGCUCGCCUCACACUUAAGUCAUGUACCAGCCUCUCCCAGCCUCUCUCCAGCCUCUCCCAGCCUCGCCCAGCCUUCCCUAUCCUCGCCCACCUUUCAACAGCCUUCCCAAACCUUCCACUGCCUCCCACAGCUUUUCCCAGCCUUCCCCAGCCUCCCACAGCCUUCCCCAGCCUCCCACAGCCUUCCCCAGCCUCUUCCAGCCUUUCCCAGCCUCUCACAGCCUUCUUCAGCCUCCCACAGCCUUCCCCAGCCUCCCACAGCCUUUCCCAGCCUCUCACAGCCUUCCCCAGCCUCUCCCAGCCUUCCCCAUACUCCCACAGCCUUCCCCAGCCUUUUCCAGCCUUCCCCAGCCUCCCACAGCCUUUCCCAGCCUCCCACAGCCUUCCCCAGCCUCUUCCAGCCUUCCCCAGCCUCCCACAACCUUCCCCAGCCUCUUCCAGCCUUCCCCAUACUCCCACAGCCUUCCCCAGCCUCUCUCAGCCUUCCCCAGCCUCUGCCAGCCUUUCCCAGCCUCUGCCAGCCUUCCCCAGCCUCCCCAAUUCUCCCCACAGCCUUUCCUAACCUCCGCAAACCUUCAAACCCGCGUCUUUUUUACCCCAUUCACUCCCCGCUGCCACUUCCCCGCGCGCCACCCUCACAGCCCCGUCGCGGCAUUCAGGCUAACAGCUCAGGUCUCGAGGGAGGAAUACGCGAUGCCACCUCAACUUAG